CUUUACCAUUGCCAGUUUUAGAUGAUAGAGUAGUUUAUUUGUUUUGGAUAGAAAGUAGUUAAGCACUUAAUCCCCAGAAGAGUAAAAACAAAGAGAGGUGAAAUUUGCUAAUUAUAAAAGUAGAAAUUUAGACGUUUGUCUAACUCCGAUAACGAGUAUUUAUCUAAUGCAUUCACUCUCCUUAUUUUCAUUGCAUAUAUAGCUCAUUGGCACCUCUGCAUGCUGCUGCAUCUUCCUAAAAAUUAACUGCUACCUCGUAAUGUGUGUUCGUUACUAUUCAAUUCAUUUUUCUCUCUAACGGUAUUUUUGUGCAGGAGAAUGAAAGAAUCGGAGAAAGUAACGUGGGAUCAGGGUCGAUGUACGGCGCAGGCACGAUCCUUAGGCUUACCGAAGCUUAUGGUAUGGCUAAUGCUCUUCGUUUCGCUCAUCUACAUGCUUUAUACUCUGAAGCUCGUCUCAACAUCGUCAAGCGCCUGCAACCACGCGCCUUUCAUCAUCAACCAUCUCGCUUCUUCCUCUUUCCCCUACGCAAACGUCACGGAGAAGAGGGAAUCCUCCUCCUCUUUGGGUACCGGAACGGGGAAGCGCCGUGACCAGAAAACGGAGCUCCGUCACGUGGUGUUCGGAAUCGCGGCGUCGUCGAAGCUGUGGGAGCACAGGAAGAAUUACAUAAAGAUUUGGUACAGGAAGAAGGAGAUGAGGGGAGUGGUGUGGCUGGAUGAUCGCGUGAAGAUCGACCCGGAGGAAGGGUUGCCGCCGGUGAAGGUUUCGACGGACACCUCUAAUUUCGUCUACACCAAUAAGCUGGGUCACCGCUCCGCCAUUCGGAUCUCCCGCAUCGUCACCGAAACGCUGCGUCUGGGGCUCAAGGACGUGCGGUGGUUCGUCAUGGGCGAUGACGACACUGUUUUCGUGACCGACAACCUGCUGAAGAUUCUGAACAAGUACGACCACAACCACAUGUACUACAUUGGGAGCUUGUCCGAGAGUCACUUGCAGAACAUAUUCUUCUCCUACGGCAUGGCCUACGGCGGAGGGGGCUUCGCUAUCAGCUACCCCUUGGCCAAAGCUCUGAGCAAAACUCAAGACCGUUGUAUUCAGAGGUACCCUUCUCUGUAUGGCUCCGAUGAUCGAAUGCAAGCUUGCAUGGCUGAACUCGGUGUUCCACUCACCAAGGAACUCGGUUUUCACCAGUAUGAUGUGUAUGGGAACCUGUUGGGGCUUCUUGCAGCUCAUCCAGUGACUCCAUUGGUGUCACUGCACCACCUUGAUGUGGUUGAGCCAAUAUUCCCGAAUGUUACCAGAAUAGAAGCCCUUCAACGGCUUACCAUUCCAAUGAAGCUUGACUCAGCGUCCCUCGUUCAGCAAUCAAUUUGCUACGACAAGAAAAGAAAAUGGACCAUUUCGGUUUCAUGGGGUUUUGCUGUUCAAAUAUUUCGUGGGAUAUUCACACAGAGGGAGAUGGAAAUGCCUUCAAGAACAUUCCUGAAUUGGUAUAGAAGAGCAGAUUACACUGCAUAUGCAUUCAACACACGCCCAGUUAGCAGAAACCCUUGUCAGAAGCCUUUCGUGUUUUACUUCUCAAAGGCAAAACUGAAUAAUUCCACAUUGAAACACACAGUGACUGAAUAUGACAGACAUCUUGUUCCUCACCCAGAAUGUCACUGGCAGAUGCCUGAUCCUUCUCAGCUUCAAAAAGUAGAGGUGCACAAGAAGCCAGACCCGCAUCUAUGGGAUAGAGCCCCAAGGAGAAAUUGUUGCAGAGUGAUGAAAACCAACAAGACAGGAAUCCUGAAGAUAGACGUGGGUAUAUGCAGAGAUGGCGAGAUCCACGAACCUGUUUCAUUGUGAAAACUGUGAAUCAAUAUUGAUUAACUGGGUUCUCUGCAUAUAUAUAUAUAUACACACACAUAUUCUUGGACCUCAUUUCUUCAUUUAUAGGACUUACGUUAACUUCAAAUUUUGUAAUUCUUCCCGGGCGUUCUGAGAUUGGGUGGUUGUGGAAAGAAAGUUCAUGCUGUAAUUCAUAAAAAAGUAUCGUUAUUAUUGGUUACAAAAUUGUAUUUCUAUUUGAUUAAGUUGCAGAUGAAAUAGUUCAGAGGGCAGCACAUAACUUUUCUGCUUUGCUAGAUAAUCCUUAGAAUUCAAAUGCGUUGUAUCGCAUCUCAUUAUUAAGUUCUCUAUCCCUUUUCCCUUGAUCUCUUGGAACACACUCUCCUCUAUUUUCACACAGCACACAACACUCUCUGUUUGCUUUUCUUCUCUCCAUUCUCGCAAACCACUUCGCACACAGGCAGUCGCCAGGCAUUGUCGCGCUUCCCUUCUCCAUCUCACUUUCGUCUUCCUCUCACACACAACCACCCACCCAAUUCUCGCUGCAGCCACCAGCAUUGUUUGCAACCAGCUACCCAGUUCUCUUGAUAGUAUUGGUGUGUUCUGGCAUUUUUGAUAACGUGAUGAAACGUGAUAAAGAGUGGAUUUACAGUGUUGUGGUGUGGAUCGGUUGUGGAGACACGAUGGGGCUGAAUCAGAUGUUGAUAACUGAUUUAGCAGCCGCAUUUUGACAUUCGAUGUAGAUUUUUUUUUUUUUUAUAUUUUAUUUAAUGUUUUUAAAUUUAUAUUUAAUGUUUAUGAACGGAUAGCUGUUGUAUCUUUUGCAAUUUAAUCUUCUGUUUAAAUUUUUUUUAAGUUAUUUUGAGUGGUUUUGUAAUUA